AUCCAGGCAACCCGCCCCAUCUCCAAGUUUCGCGGAACAACAGAAGGCGGCGAUCGUUUUCUUGCAACUAUUUAUUUCCUUUCCUUCUAACUUCCUUUCCAUUUCAAACUUUCUUCUCUGAUCCUGUUCCUCAGGGGCAAGAAAUGGAUAUUAACGAUGUGUUUGGGAUGACCCAGAAUAGUAGCCUGCCAAGAAAGAGUGCAAUUUAUGUUUGGGGUUAUAAUCAAUCGGGCCAGACGGGUCGAAAGGGGAAGGAUCAUCAAUUAAGGGUUCCUAGGCAGCUCCGUCCUGAUCUUUUUGGAUGCCCAGUGGAAGCUAAUUGUCGAUGGCUGGAUAUUGAUUGUGGUCGUGAACAUACGGCUGCUGUGGCUUCUGAUGGGUCACUUUUUACCUGGGGUGCAAAUGAUUUUGGUCAACUGGGAGAUGGAACUGAGGAAAAGAGCAAAGAGCCAAAGAAAGUGAAGCAAUUGCAGACGGAGUUUGUGAAAUCUGUUUCCUGUGGAGCACAUUGUACUGCUGCUAUUGCAGAACCUCGCGAGAAUGAUGGCACGAUUUCAACUAGUAGACUCUGGAUUUGGGGACAAAAUCAGGGAUCCAAUUUGCCACGCUUAUUUUGGGGAGCCUUCACACCAAACACGAUUAUUCGUCAAGUGUCCUGUGGGGCAGUUCAUGUAGUGGCAUUAUCGGACGAUGGGCAAAUGCAAGCAUGGGGCUACAAUGAGUAUGGUCAGCUAGGCAGGGGUGUUACGUCCGAAGGUCUACAAGGAGCUCGCAUUAUAAGUGCUUAUGCAAAGUUCCUUGAUGAGGCCCCUGAGCUUGUAAAGAUUACUAAAGUGUCGUGUGGGGAGUACCAUUCUGCAGCUAUAUCUGAAAACGGCGAGGUCUAUACAUGGGGACUAGGAAGUAUGGGUCAACUUGGUCACUGUUCCCCUCAGUCUGUGGACAAAGAGUUGAUACCUCGGAGAGUUGUUGCUCUUGAUGGAAUAUGGAUAAAGGAUAUCGCAUGUGGCGGAGUCCACACAUGUGCCAUUACUCAAAAAGGCUCUUUAUAUGCAUGGGGUGGCGGUCAAGUUGGACAAUUAGGUCUCGGGCCCCAGACUGGGUUUUUUUCAUGUGUCGUGGGUGACUCAGAGAAGUUUCUUCGAAAUCUACCUGUAUUAGUUGUCCCAAAUGGUGUUCUACAUGUUGCUUGUGGACAUUCACAUACUCUUGUUUCAAUGAAGGAUGGAAGGAUCCAUGGGUGGGGUUACAAUAGCUAUGGUCAGGCAGCUAAUGAGAAAUCUACAUAUGCUUGGUAUCCAUCUCCUAUUGAUUGGUGUGUGGGAGAAGUGCGAAAACUAGCAGCUGGUGGUGGACAUUCAGCUGUCUUAACAGAUGCUUGUUCCUUGAAGGAGCUGUGUGAGUUCAGGCUUGCUGAUACUGUUAACUUGCAGAAUGCUUCCGAAAUAGAAGAUGUUGCAUCCAGGACGGGAUCGGAUGCUUUAGCACGCCUUUGUGGACGACUUAAGGAGUCUCUACUCGAUGGCCAUUGUGAAUACGAAGAAGGCGAAACCAGCCAUGGAAAGAAAUGAAAUAGAGGAAACACAGAGGACAGAAGAAGAAGAAUUGAAUGCAGUCUGCCAAUAACUUAUCAGUCGGUAUUCUUCUUUCAUUCUUCUCCCAUCAGCAUAGAAAUAUCGAAAUGAUUAAAUCUAGGCGGUAUACUGUGUGUGAUGAUGAAUUGUAUUACUUUUUGGCAUCUGAUAAACAUUGCCAAUCAUGAACUUGAUCUGUAUCAUCAAAUAUACUUAUUUGGUCACAUUGACCAUUUCUCUU